UACUGAUGAGAAAUUGGCCCUAGUUUGCCGAUUAUUAUUCUAUCAACCAACAGGAUAUCAUUCCAACCCCCGAAAAUUAUGGAAAGAUCUUAAAGCAGAGGGGUAUCAGUUUCUAUAUAAAAAGAUAUGUGAGUGGCUUACAAACCAGAAUGAAUGGCAAAAAUACGCUCUAUCACCAAAAGAUACUCCACAG